GAACACCCCUCGUGUUCUAGAUCGUAAAGCUUUAUACCUGUGCGUUUGAUGUAUGAUAAACAAUGGCAAGGGAAAAGACAAAUAUACAUGCAGAUAAUUUACGAUUGACAGCGAAUUGAACUGAUAGUCCUCUUUACGUUAAAUGUAGGCGUGUUACGAAAAUAAGUGAAGUUUAAAUCUGGAUUGUUAAGUAUUUUUUGGAUAAAAAUGGCAGAACAGACUGAUACUGAGGCAGUAAAGCAACGUGUGGUUGCCAUAGCAAUAGAUGAGAGCGAAAACGCGAAAUAUGCGUACCAAUAUUAUCUCGAAAAUGUUCGGAAGGAAAAUGACAAGGUCUAUUUGCUACAUUCAGUGGAAACCAACACAGUUCUUCACUCCUCGGGCUGGUACAGUUCACCUUAUUCCUUUGACCAUGAAGUGUUGAUGAAAAUGUUGGAUGACGAAAGAGAGAUCAUCAAGCGUAAACUUCAGAAGUUCGCCACUCUACUUCAACAAGCUGGGGUUGAUGGUACUGUAAAGAGUAUCCAUGCAGAAUCGCCUGGUCACGGUAUCUGCAAGGCUGCAGAAGACAUUGGUGCCACUAUUAUCGUCAUUGGGACCCGAGGAAUGGGCAAAAUAAGACGUACAUUUCUGGGGAGCGUCAGUGACUAUGUUCUACAUCACGCGCACAUUCCGGUGUUGAUAUGUAAACACGCGAGUGACCAUCACCACGAUCAGCAUCAUGAUAAGGACAAAUAGUUAAUAUAAAAACACUAAAGAUAUUUAUACGAAACUUUGUUUAUACGCAUACAUUAAUCAGUCUAUUAUUAUUUUCCCCCGGGGUGUAAUAUAAGAUUCACUUUGACCCUCCCAUCCCGUCCCAUCAUCUCAGGAAUCCAUACCCAUAUCAAUGUUUAAACUUACAAUAUCUCUUUAAAACCAUAAGACAAGCUCAUAUACCAGUUCUUGAUUUUUGUUUCGAUGAAAUUAUUUCCCCUUUCCUCUUAGAAAUGCCUAAAAGACUAGCUUUUUUUUCUCAGUGUUUGUGAAACCUAUUCGUGCAUUUGACCUAAACUGGAUAACUUUAGUUUAUACACCAAGUUCCAUAACUCUGCCUUUCAUUUUCACAAACUUCUUGCCAAUUUUUAAAUAGAAAAUAUGGCAAGAUUGAGUUUUUUCUGUGGAUAUCUUUGAAAUCAGUUAAUAUAUUUGCACUAGAAUGUCAAUGUCGUAAGUCAAGUUAACAUAGCAGGUCCGACAACUCUGCUUUAUUCAGAAUUAUUUUCAUUUUUGCACUUGUCCCAAAACUGUUCUUUCAAUAUUUUAUAAACCUAUGUAUGUACUGGAUUAACUUGGAUCAUGGUGCAGCUAUACACUUUAAGUCGCGUUAAGUAUUUUAAUUUGACAAAGAUAUUCCCGAAUUUAAAAAAAUGGACCUAGAAAACGUCUUAGAAUUUUCUUUAAAUAGCUCUGAAACCAAUGGGGGUAUUUCAUUGGAACUUGAUAUAACCUUUAAAUUUAGACAGCAAGACGACAUAAGAUUUCCCAAAAUUUGGAUGUUUUAUACAACAUUGAAAGGCUAAAUAACAAUAAAUCUACCCUGAAUAAUAA